UAGGAGAAACAAAGAUUAAAACAGGUCAUGGAGAUGAUUAUAAAAAGCCUGCGCAAAUAUUUGUUUAUUCAGUAAAAGAUGGUCUUUUACUUUUGGAUAAUAUGCGUUUUAUUGGAGCAGAGAAUGAAGAACGAUUACUAUUUUCUUUCUACAUACAUGGAACUGAUCAGAGGCAAUUUUCUAUAAUGAACCCACACAAUCUUUCAAAUCCUAUAGAUGCAAGUAAACUAUUUGGAUCUGGAAUAGAAGAUUAUGUUAGGAAAAAAGCUUAUACUAUUUAUUUUGAUUAUAUUGUAAAAGUUGAAAACGAUCAUUUGUAUAUUGAAAGUUUAGUCGAACAUAAAAGUUGGUCUAAUUAUAUAAAGAGUACUGUGCAAGAGGAUAUGCAAGUGAAUGUGCAAGAUCAUGAAUUCGAUUCAUUAUUUAAAAAUAAAUCUUUUGAUAAACUGAUUGACUCUUUUUAUGAAAAGGGAGGUUAUUAUAAAUAUUUGGAAGAUACUCAAAUAGAUGAAUGUUUAGAUAAAACAAAUUUGUUAUAUUUGCAA